AUGGGCACAUUUUGGAGUGUUCGUUCGGUGGCCGUCUUGCUUGUGCUCACAGUGGUACGCAUCGAUUCACUGCCCGUAUCGAGCUUCCUCGACGACGACAGUGAUUACGACGAUAGUUUCGAGAACGAAUACGAUCUAGUGUUCGAUCAGCGUCAGAAUGGAACGGCCAACGUGCACGUGUCGGUGGAUGGUGUAAUGCUUGCGCUUCCCGCGCCCGAAAUGCCUCCAUCCGCGUCACUUGCCGGAGCGACACUGUUGGAUCUGUUUGCAUCGCAGCUCGCUGCAGGCGGCGAAUCGGAAUACGACAGUUCGGAGGAAUCGUACGGUAGCAUCUCGGGGUCGACUUCUGCUGCGGGUGGGGCAAGCUUGUCUAGCUCCAGCACCACCAGCACGACGACGGCGGCUCCAGCUUCCGAUGCGUCGAUCGCCAGCGACUUCCCGUAUCAAGCCCUGCCUGCCAAUCUGCCCGCCAGCCUUCUGGGCCAGGGGCUAUCGUUCUUUUUCAACCCGAAGCGUGAUGAAAUCCCGUUCCGUCUUAAUACCGUGCAAGAGUCGACGCAACAGACCAUCCCCAUAUUGAUAACGAAGGUGGACAAAGCUCCGGCAACAGGAGAUCCGAAUUCGGCGGAAUCGAACGAAGAUAGCCGUGAGCUGGCCGAACCAGCACCACAGCAAACGCCCAAACAACAAGCCGGAAAGAAGAAGCGUAAGCAUAAGCGGAAGUACAAGGUGCGUGUCGCCAACUUGCUGAGACCGUUGCUGAAGCGUACCGUGCUGGUUCAGUGA